CAACAAGCAAAAGAAUAGCUUCAAAUUGCUACAAAAUUGGGGAUAAAGCGGUUGGGGUAUGUGUGAGGCAUACCGCACAGUAUAUGACUGCACCAUUUGAUAUAAAGUUAGCUGUGGAAUACCGCCGCCAGCGCUACCAAUUUAACGCCAGAAAAGCCUGUCCAAGAUGCCUCACUCAAAUAUGAUUCGAGUGGGUCGACCUUGCUUGACGUGUACACCUCAACGAUCCUGUUGGGCUGAGAGGCCCACCAAUAAAAACAAGAGAACUCAUGUGGUGGCCGUCUUUACUGAUGAGUGGAACCGGCCCUUUAAUCGUAAGAACGAUCAAAAGCGGCGGCGAAGGUUUCUGGAAAGCGAUGAGAAGGUCUCAGGGUUCACUGCUGUCUUUUGUCAAGACUGGAAAGAUGGCGACAGUGAUGAGGAUUUCGAACCAUCAGAUACGGAUGAUUUCCCAAAGCCGCUAGCCUCAGCAUGGCCUCGUUGUGAGUAUGAAGGGUACUAUAGCCCGUUUAGCGCAGCAACCACCUCUUCAUACACAUCUCCAACGCGGCAUAUAUAUUCGUUUAGAGGCUCUGCACCACCUACGCCAACGGCUGCGGAAACUCUCGACUCACCACUCAUAAUGUCAACAGACGACGAAGAAACAAUCGCGGAGGGAUACGAACAUCUAGAAUACAAAGCAGAAAGCCCGCCGGAAAUUAUGAACCCCAUGACACCAAAUAACAUGCCAACCACGGACAAAGAAGGGAUGGUUCCCUUCAGAGGAGAAAUAGUCGACCACCACUGGUUAUCAUGGAACAAAAAGAGGAUUAGGGAGGGCGGGGGGUUCGAUUACUGGAGCUCAUUUAUAGAAUGCAACAUUAUUGCUGGUAGCAAUCAUGAGCUUGAUGGUUGUCAGGGUGCAGGUACUACACCAGAGAAGAGUCUGGAGCAUAGUUUUGAUGAGUUUAUUAAUUAUUAG